ACUGCCUGAAUUUGGUUAAAUACGUCACAAUGAUGCAACGCAUCAUUUAAAUAAUUCACCCAUUUACCGGAACUCCUGUCGUUUUAGCAAUUGUUAGCAAACAUUCACCGUUAACAGUUUAUUCAGCUUCUACAAACUCCAAAGAGCCAUGAAGUCACAUAUCAGAAGGCUUUGGAUCUUUGUGAUUAUACCGUCAGUGAUCUGCCAGGAUUUCAUCCCAGGGUUAGUUGGUAAAAGUGUCAUACUGCCCUGCUACUCUGGUUCUGCAGCUGAUAACGUCUUCUGGAGGGACAAAGAUGACAAGAAUCUGCUGGAUAUCAACAAAGACACUCCCAACCCAAACCUCCAGCACCAGAGGUAUAAAGGUCGAGUGUCCUGGUCCCAAACUGAGUUCAAGAAGAAGAACUACUCCAUAAUCUUGGGGAACCUGGAGCUGAAUGACACUGGAACCUACGAGUGCAGCGUCGUCAUUGAUAGUGUGGGAACACACACCAAGAUACAGUUGGAGGUGAUGAAAUCAGCAAGUUGUGUCUCCAGCAGUCGGAUCGUCCUGCAGACGUUGGUCCUCUCUGCUCUCAGUCUGAUCAUCUACUGAAGAGAAACUGAUGAGAAACUGAUCAAACCAGCACAUGGAGUCACAGCUCUAUAGUUUUAUAUCUGGUCUCCAUUUUAUUUCUGUAGCAGAAGGUCAAGAGUUCAUGUCAAUCCUUCAGAAAGCACUGGAUAUUGAUACAGAAUUACUGU